UUAAGGCCCGGUUAAAAUUGAGAACACACACACACAAAAUACAGUUCAACUUUAUUUGGGGACGGACGGUGAUUUGUGACAUAAUCCUAUCGUAUCGUUAAAAGAAGAGAUUUUAGUGCAUGGAUAGAUUGUGACUAUAUUAAUGUGGACGUCAAAGCAGCAAUUAGUGACAACCAGAUGAACCACAUCUACUCGUUUACAUGACUCAAGAUGAAAUAAAUAACCGUGUAUACGAAAAUAACAGCAUAAGUAAUUUUCAACUUGAAAAGGAUAAGUUUAGCACACCGAACAUUAGCCUGAAAUAAAUACGGCUGACCUUCUUACAUAUGUUUUCAUCAACCUUUUCGAGUGGGGUAAUUUUGUUCAGCCUCCUCCACUUACGCAGUUAUGAAAACGUAGUUUCAUUUGACGCAUUUGCGAUAGUUUUCACUGACUGUGGAACAGAAUAAGAAAAUGCGAGAAACGAGUUCAAUUUGCAAGUACCGAUAAAUAUGUGUAAUAUGUGUAAUGCAUGAUAGUGACAAUCUUAUAGUUACAAGUGACAGUACAGUAGAAAGAAUGGAUGUGAACGACUUGCAAAUAUCAAAGGAAGGUAUGCAAAGGUUUAUUCCUGAAGAAAUGAGUAACGGACUUUCUUCUCCGUCACCAGCAAGCAAAUGGUACCUCGUGCCGUCUUCAGUCAUUGCACAAUGCACAAUGCCCCCAGGGAAGGUUGCCAUUCCCAUGUAUUUGAUAGUGGAUCAACCUACUCCUCAGACUUGCAACCAAACGCGCCAUCUGCUAUUGGACCAGCCUCCUUCACAGUUAUGCAAUCAACCAAGCCAUCUGAUAUUGGAUCAAUAUCCUCCGCAGACAUGCCAUCAAACAAGCCAUAUGAUUUUGAACCAGCUUCCUACUCAGACGACCACAUCCCAGUGCUCUCCUACACGUGACGAUAUGUCUUCUUGUGGCCAUUCUCCUCCUAGUUCCAACAGUAAUUCACCAAUAAAUGUUGUUUCUGAACUGAAUGGAGCAAAGAAGAAAACGAAAACAAAAACGCUCGAUUUCCCACGGUGCCAGAUAUGCGACGGUGAGUCUUCAGGUGUCCACUUCGGCUGUUAUACAUGUGAGGCAUGUAAGAAUUUUUUCAGGCGAUGUAUGAAGAAGAAAAGUGAAUUAAGUCUUGCGUCAAAGAAGAUAAGCACGCCUCAUGUUUGUCUGACUAAUAGAAACUGUAAAAUAUCGUAUAAGCAAUCAAAAACAAAUUGCACGGCCUGUCGAUUUCAAAAAUGCAUAGACCUGGGAAUGUCAUCCGACAAAGUUCAAAAAGGGAGAAAAUCGCUUACGCAAAGAACAGAGACAAUUAAAAAAGUAAAAUUUAUGGAACGUCAGAGAGAAAGUGAGUUUCAAGAUACAAUUCCACCAGAUAUUGCUAUGUGUGAAUCAAAUGAAGCCCAAUUAGGAAUGGCAACACAUCCUUCAAACCACCUUGAAAUAUAUGGGCCAAGACUCCGAGAUGGCGUUUCUGAUGUGCUUGAAUCAAGUGGAAUACAUCGUGUAACAAGGUCUCUUGUUGAAGAGAUUGUUAUAAAGCUGGACAAAAUUCUCAUCUGGGAAGAGGAUCUGGCAACUGAAGAGCUCCGCGAAUCUAGAAUGAAAGAACAUUAUGACACAUAUUCUGCAAGAGCACUUACGUUCGGUAAAAUGAGUAAUGUAAGUCAGGAGGAAUAUCACCACCUCCUAAAAAAUUAUGGCAUUGACAUUGAUAACCAAUGGGAAAUGCUGAAGCGAGGUCACGAUUUCAUGGAGCACUUCUUAGAUAGCUACUGUAAUUACGCAAAACAGCUACCUAAUUUUUCAAAACUCAGUCUGAACGAUCAAAUUUCUCUGCUUAAACAUGCACAUAAUGACUUUGGUAUAGUCAUAAGUCACCCUUUCUAUAAUUCAGAAUAUAAAGUUUUUCUCGAUCUAACUGGCGACGUCUUCCACACUGACGAGAUCUCUAACAAAUUCGUGACUCGAGAGAAUGUCAAUGCGCAUACCGAUCUCUUUAAACAACUACAAAGUCUCAAACUAACAAAGGAGGAAACUGCACUUCUAGCAGCCAUCUCGCUCAUGUCUGCCGAUCGCUGUGAACUGGAAAAUCCAAGUCUAGUAGAAGAUUCCCAGUUGGAGCUUACUACGUUAUUACGGGCAGAGAUAAGAAAAAGAUACGACGAGAAGAAGGGUUGA